AGGCUUUACUGAGAAAGAAAACUUAACCUUUCCUCCUCCCUCCUCAAACGAGCAUCCAGUGCUGCACUAACCUGAAAUCUUUUUCAGAGCUCACGAAACCAGAGAAAAGACAUGGCCGUCUACCAGCAGCCGACCCAGGUCGUGGUCCAGACCACCACAACCCAUGGUCCGGGGACAUGGAGCACCGGAAUCUGUGAUUGCUGUAGUGAUAUGGGCACCUGUUGCUGCGGCCUUUGGUGCUUCCCCUGCAUGCAGUGUCAGACAGCCGCUGACCAUGGCUGGUGCUGCUGCAUGCCGCUCCUGGACGUCUGCUGUGUGGUGUCCUGCCUCCUCCGUUCCUCCAUCAGAGAGCGUCACAGCAUCCAUGGCUCAUGCUGUGGCGACUUCUGCAGUCUUCUUUGGUGUUACACGUGUGUCUGGUGCCAGAUGAACCGUGAGCUGAAGAUCAGGAGGGGCCACCAGGGCAGCACUUCUGUGGUCACCACACAGGUCGUCAGAGGAUAAGAUGUUAGCUGAGGGCAUAAGGCUUGUUUCCCAUAUUAUGUGGUGCUGCCUAGUUAUUUCUGUUACUGUUCCAGUGACCAAUACAUACAAAAAAGUCAGUUCUGUUUGUUCUGUAAUCAGUAUUAAAUGAAAGAAAAUAGAUGAACACUCAACAUUUAGCCUAUAAUGAUUUUUGUUCAUACUUUUGUUCAACAAUAUCCCACGCACACAAACAUUUAGCAGUUCAUAAGGUGCAUAUACAUCUACGUUAAUGGUCCUCUGCCUUUUCAAUGAUUAGAACAGAUGCUUUUCCUCUUUCUGUUCAAAGCUUAAGAGUUGCUUUUAAUACCAUCUUUUCUAAGUUGAAUGUUAGCAUGUUACUAUGUUGGAUUACAUGACGUUAGCUCAUUUUCUUGUCAGACCCUUGAUUCACUCUGACCAGUUUACCAAAGAAGAUCCUCUCACAAUCUGAUUCCAUAUGAGUGAAGUUUAACUGUUUUUUUAUAGAUACAUACAGUGUUUUGAUAUUUGUAAAGACACAUCAUCUGUAUCAAAUGUGCUUGAAGCAUGCUUCAAUGAUUGUAAAUGAUGAAGCAGUGAAGAUCUACACCUGAUUGAAGAGGGCGUUCUUUGAGGCUGUGUGACACAAUCCACAUUUUGCAUGCCGGGACGAGAGUUAAAAGAUUAGUAAUGGCUUCAUAAUUUGUUUGAAUUUCGUUUUUGAAUAAAUGAUUACAGCACUGCUUGUGAUGUUAUCAAAGUUUA